CAGUUUUUGUUAGCUAAGAUAGCAUUAAAGAGAGCUUUUUUCUUCUUUUUUUUUUUUUUUGGUUCACAUGCAUGGGUCUUUUAUUCAAACCAGAGAUAGUGUAAAUUUGAAGCAUUCUCUCUUCUCCUUCCACAUGCAUGUUGUCUCCUAGAUUAGACUUUUUUCACAGCCAUUUCCCCAGAAAUCCAUUCCUUAACUCUCACUGCUGCUAGCUAGCCCAUUUCCAGACCUAAAAAUGGAGAACUCAACACCCCAUCAUUUCAACACUUCCUUUUCACAUUUUUUCUUGUUUUUCUUGUUUUUCUUGUUUGUCAGUUUGGGUUAUUUUAGGGCAGUGGAAGGUCUUUCCCCUGAUGGAGAAGCUCUGCUUUCUCUGCUAAAAUCAGCUGACCCAUACUCCAAAUCAUCAUCAUCUGUUCUCUCUUCUUGGAACCCUUCAACCCCAACUCCAUGUUCUUGGAAGGGCAUUACUUGUUCCCCACAAGAAAGAGUUAUUUCACUCUCUAUCCCCAACACUUUCCUUAAUCUCUCAUCUCUGCCUUCACACCUCUCUUCCCUUUCAUCCCUGCAGCUUCUCAAUCUUUCCUCCACUAACAUCUCUGGCUCAAUCCCUCCAUCUUUUGGUGAUUUGACUCAUCUUAGGCUUUUAGACCUCUCUUCCAACUCACUCAUGGGGGCUAUUCCUUCAGAGCUUGGGAAGCUCACAUCACUUCAGUUCCUUUUCUUGAACUCAAACAGGUUAACUGGGCAAAUCCCUUAUCAGCUAUCCAAUCUUUCAUCAUUACAAAUCCUUUGUUUCCAAGAUAAUCUUCUCAAUGGCUCAAUUCCUUCACAGUUAGGCUCUUUGGUAUCCCUCCAGCAGUUCAGAAUUGGGGGUAAUCCUUAUUUGACAGGGGAAAUACCUCCACAACUAGGCAUGCUUACCAAUCUCACAAUGUUUGGGGCUGCAGCCACUGGACUUUCAGGCCAAAUUCCACCCACAUUUGGGAAUUUGAAGAGCCUUCAGACCUUAGCACUCUAUGAUAGUGAAGUGUUUGGUUCAAUACCUCCUGAACUCGGAAUGUGUAGCGAGCUAACAAACUUGUAUUUGCACAUGAACAAGCUCUCUGGCUCAAUACCCCCUCAGUUGGGGAGGCUGCAAAAGCUCACUAGCUUGCUUUUAUGGGGAAAUUCACUCACCGGUCCUAUCCCGGCUGAGCUUUCAAACUGUUCCUCCCUUGUGGUUCUUGAUGUGUCUGCUAAUGAUUUAUCCGGUCAAAUCCUGGGUGAUUUGGGAAAGCUGGUGGUUCUUGAACAGCUUCACUUGUCUGAUAAUGCACUGAUUGGGGCUAUUCCAUGGCAGCUGAGUAAUUGUUCUAGCUUAACUACUCUUCAGCUUGAUAAGAAUCAGUUAUCUGGUCCAAUCCCUUGGCAUGUUGGGAAGUUGAAGUAUUUGCAGAGUUUUUUCUUAUGGGGGAAUUCGGUUUCUGGAACCAUCCCAGCUUCUUUUGGAAACUGUAGUGAGCUUUAUGCACUUGACCUUUCAAGGAACAAGCUUACUGGAUCAAUCCCAGAAGAGAUUUUCAGCCUAAAUAAGCUGAGCAAGUUAUUGCUUUUGGGGAAUUCACUAACCGGGAGAUUGCCUAGGAGUGUUGCGAGAUGCCAGUCUCUUGUGAGAUUGAGGCUUGGCGAAAACCAGCUCUCUGGUCAAAUUCCCAAGGAACUCGGGCAAUUGCAGAAUCUUGUGUUUCUUGAUCUGUACAUGAACCAUUUCUCGGGUGGCUUGCCUGCUGAAAUUUCCAAUAUCACAGUUCUUGAGCUUUUGGAUGUGCAUAACAAUUACCUAACCGGUGCCAUUCCAUCACAGUUGGGGGAGCUUGUGAACUUAGAGCAGCUUGAUCUCAGCAGGAACAGCUUCACUGGCGAGAUUCCUUGGAGUUUUGGUAAUCUCAGUUACUUGAACAAGCUUAUCCUUAACAAUAACCUUUUUACUGGUUCAGUACCAAAGUCUAUUAGAAACUUGCAGAAAUUAACUCUGUUAGAUUUGAGCUUCAAUAGCUUUUCUGGCCCUAUUCCACCCGAGAUUGGUUACGUUACGAGCCUAACAAUUAGUUUGGACUUGAGCUCAAAUCAUUUCACGGGAGAAAUCCCUGAAACAUUCUCUGGUUUGACACAGUUGCAGUCACUUGAUCUUUCACAUAAUACGCUUAGCGGGAGAAUCACAAUUCUGAGCCUCCUUACUAGCCUCACUUCUUUAAAUGUGUCUUACAAUAAUUUCUUGGGGCCAAUUCCUGUGACACCAUUCUUCAGAACUCUAACUCCGAGUUCUUUCCUUGAGAAUCCCAAACUUUGUGAAUCUAUUGAUGGCGAUUCCUGUUCUUCGCAUCUAAAUGGAAGGAGCGGUUUGAAGUCAGCCCAGACCAUUGUUUUGGUCAUAGUGGUUCUCACUUCUGUAGCCUUGGCAGUUGCAGCCACAUGGAUUCUUGUUACUAGGAACCAUAGGUACAUAUUCGAGAAGUCAUCUGGUUUGUCGGGCAGUUCAGAUGGGGAAGAUGAUUUUUCUUAUCCUUGGACUUUUAUCCCCUUUCAAAAGCUCAAUUUUAGUAUUGACAACAUCUUGGAUUGCUUGAAAGACGAAAACAUCAUAGGAAAAGGCUUCUCGGGUGUGGUUUACAGAGCAGAAAUGCCAAACGGGGAGUUGAUUGCAGUUAAGAAGCUGUGGAAAACGAAGAGAGACGAGGAGCCUGUUGACUCCUUUGCAGCAGAGAUUCAAAUUCUCGGGCACAUUAGGCAUCGGAACAUAGUGAAACUCCUGGGAUAUUGUUCCAAUAAGAGCAUCAAGCUUCUUCUCUACAACUACAUUUCGAAUGGGAAUUUACAACAGCUCUUACAAAGCAACCGGAACUUGGAUUGGGAAACGAGGUAUAAAGUUGCAGUUGGAUCAGCUCAAGGCCUUGCCUAUCUCCACCAUGAUUGUGUGCCCGCCAUUCUUCAUAGAGAUGUCAAGUGUAAUAACAUACUACUAGAUUCUCGGUAUGAAGCUUAUCUAGCAGAUUUCGGGCUUGCAAAGCUAAUGAGUUCUCCAAAUUAUCACCACGCAAUUUCCAAAGUGGCAGGUUCAUAUGGAUACAUUGCUCCAGAAUAUGGAUAUACAGUUAACAUAACAGAGAAGAGCGACGUCUAUAGCUAUGGAGUGGUUUUGCUGGAAAUACUAAGUGGUCGCAGCGCAGUUGAGUCACAAGUCGGGGAUGGACUACACAUUGUCGAGUGGGUAAAGAAGAAAAUGGGGAGCUUUGAACCGGCUGUCACGAUUCUCGACUCAAAGCUUCAAGGGCUACCGGACCAAAUGGUGCAGGAAAUGCUGCAAACACUUGGAAUAGCAAUGUUCUGUGUGAAUUCGUCCCCGGCUGAGCGGCCAACGAUGAAGGAAGUGGUGGCACUUCUGAUGGAAGUGAAGAGUCCACCAGAGGAAAUUGGGAAAACCUCACAGCCUCUAAUAAAGCAGCAGCCCUCAAGUACUCAGAGCUGAUUCUUUGGGAGUUUCUUGAAUUUCCCUUCCCUUUUUUAGGUGAUUUUAGUGAGAUUCAUUUUCUUUGCUGUCCUGAGAUAAAUGCAAGUCUGUAGGAAAAGGGGAGAAAAGCUUAACUCCUAGCAUUGGAUAAUGCCUUGGGGGUUCUCUGUACAGCUUUAGAGUUUAGGAACAUUGACAUAAUGGGUUUUUUUUGCUGCUUUCUUUCUAGCCAUCUCUGUACUGUUAUUUUGAGACUUUAAAUCAAAAUCAUUAGCUUU